AUAAAUAGAGGGACGCUUUUAUCGCGACGCCAUCGGGCGCGGCACAUGCUGCCGCGGCAUUAUCUAAAAAUAAAACUUGACGAAGGUCCCCAUCGAAAACACAAGCCAAACCCCAACCGAGAUAUGAUGCAGCAGUCGAAGGGUUCGGUCGCCACCUGAUCGAUGGGCAGUGCAGUUCUCUGCCGUUGGUCUCUCGUGUCUGGUUCGCGCGCGACAUUUCCGACGAAAUUGCCCGUUCAAUUGUAGUUUUAAUUACUCUGGAUCAGUGAGUCUUUCUGAGAAUAUUUCAUUCCCCGUCAUAGCUGGAGAUCGGCAAACUUUCACCGCGCAUUCCCUCCGUUAUAUAACGCUUGAACUUGGUGAUCAUCAGUUUACGUUAGGUGCUAUUCGGUUACAGACGCAUGCGCCUCCAUCCAUCUAUUUUUGUUUAGAAUCUCGAGGCACAGAGAUCCGAAAAAUUUUCUUCGUCAAGUUCCUCAGCUGACAUGUUGUUGCAUUCUAAUCACUUGGUGUAAAAAAGUCGCAAUAACAAACGAUCAUCCGCGGAAAAUGUCUCGGAAACUACCCGUCCGAUCGCUCGGAGAGAUCGCGCUUGCGGAACUCGCUGGUUCCAUAGUCGGUGCUAUCGGAAGCAUGCUCCAGACCACAUACAAUUUUGGCGUAGAACCGGAUUUCACCUUCCUGAUAGUGGAGAUCAAGUCGUACAUGGAAACAAUGGGCGCCACCAGUGCAAUUUACGAAGACCUACUUCGGGUGAUCCUCUGUUCGGAUUCGUUGGAGGCAGUGAUCCGUUUCUGCUGUCUACAAACACUACUCAAUGAAGCAGUGCACACGCUGAUGACAGAAAUCUUUCCUUUCACCUACUACGAGCGCAUACUACAGGUGAUCGCUGCUCAAGGCCGAGGACUGCGACAACUCAACAUGAAAGGAGUUUGGGUAAAGGAAGAAUUUAUGUGUUUCAUGUACGAGAUCAUCAAGCAUCUACCACACUUAACGAAACUCACAAUACCACACAUUGCAAAUGAUAAUCUCCUGAAGCACAUUAGCGACUACUGCAAGAAUCUACGACAUCUGGAUAUCAGCGGUGAAACAGACAUCACUGAUAUUGGAUUAGAAUACCUUAGCUAUGGUGAAUCCAGACAUAAUCUUACCAUUCUCGAUAUCGGAUCGCUAGGAGAGGAAAAUGUCUGUCAUACAGAUAUCGCCAUGCUUCUCAUGAACUUAGACAACUUAGUUAGCUUGGUCAGUUACUCCUUCGUAGGACGAAGUCUUCAGUACAUCCUCGACAAUAAAGAUCCAGCCUUCCGCUGUAAGCUAGUCUACCUCCACGAUACAGGAACCAAAGCAAAGACAAUGGAUGCUAUCAUCGAUACCUGCCCGAACCUGCAGGACCUCUAUAUAGAUUCCCCGGAAUCAAAUACUCUCGUCAAACUCUCCAAAGUCAAUCUCCGUCGCCUGAAGCUCUACAAAUUCAACUGCUCAGAGCUGCUCACCCUCCUGGAAUCGAACGGCAACUACACGCGUCAUCUCACCGUCAUCAAAGGUCGUGGCACUAUGGAAAUUCACCGACUUAUUCGAUGCUGUCCGAACCUGAUCGAUCUGGAUUUCUACAUGAUGGACUCGCUGAGCUUCUCUGGCGAUCACGGUUUCCUUGACCUUCAAGGCUUGGAAAUUCUAAGCAGUCCAAUCUCCCAACCUGGCCUUCGCAACCUGCUCAGCCUUUCGACCACCCUGAAACGGCUGGCUAUCGACAGUGUGACCUUCAACGACGAGGAUUUCAGCUCGCUGAUGAUCGAAAAGGACUUCUACCACCUGGAAGACGUCUGGUUCACCACCGCUCCCAACCUGUCGAUGGCCAGCGUCGAGAUUCUCAUGGAUCGCUGUCCGGAGCUGCAGAGUCUUGGCCAGCUGAGCGGUUGGUCCCUCACCCCGGACGACGUCACGCUACUCCGGGGAAUCCUCAAAAGCUGCAACGCGUCACUGUACUUGCGACCAUUUCGCAUCUUCCUUCGACCAUCACGCAGAGCAUUCCCAUUGGCUGUUUGAAUCAUGUUUUGAAACGAUGCGAUCUCCCAACUCCUUCCUUCCUUUUCUUCUUUUGUGUUUUGUUUUCUGCUUCCCGUUUCCGUUCCAGAUCGUGCAGUCACUCUGAUUAAGAGAGUUGACAGUGAUGGGAACUUGCAGUGAUAGCCUACGGAAUCCGUCCAAUUUGUAUUGCAGGUUGGUAACAAUGAGGAUAGUUUUCUCGUACGAUUGGUGGCUGUAUGUUGUGAUGAA